GGGCUCCACUGGAAUGCUCCGGCAUCAGGGAUGCUCCAGGCCUCGGAGGGAUGCUCUGGGUUCUGAGAGGCUCCAUCAGGGUGCCCCGGUACCGAGGAUCUCCGCUCCCCAGGUUGCUCUGGUGUCAGGGGUGCUCCAGGCCCUGUGGGGCACCACUGGGAUGUGCCAGGAUGCUCCAGGGCCCGUGAGGUUCCAGGCUGCUCCGUGGGGCCAGAUUACCUGGACAAUGACAAUGAUCAGAUGUGAUGAAACGGUGGGCAGGGAGCUUCCCUUUGCUCCUGCCUCCAGCCUGUGUUCCCCAGCCGUUGGCUUCUUCUGGCAAACAUUUGUAACACAUUUGUACCCAGGAAGAGAGAUGGGAAAAGUUUUUCACCUGUCGAGGAAGGUGACAUCCGUUGUCCCGGAGAGCUGCCUCCUCAUCCUGCUGGGGCUGGGCCUGGGGGGCAUCGUGUUGGCCGUGGCAAAGAAAGCCGAGUACCAGCUGGAGCCCAACAUGUUCUUCCUCUUCCUUCUGCCCCCCAUCGUCCUGGACUCGGGGUACUUCAUGCCCAGCCGGCUGUUCUUUGACAACAUUGGUGCCAUCCUCACCUACGCAGUGGUGGGCACGCUCUGGAACUCCUUCGCCACCGGCACCGCGCUCUGGGGACUGCACCGGGCCGGGCUCAUGGAUCCAGGUGUUGAAGCUGGGCUGAUGGAUUUCCUGCUCUUUGGCAGCCUGAUUUCAGCUGUGGACCCUGUGGCAGUCCUGGCUGUCUUUGAAGAGGUCCACGUUAAUGAGACCCUCUUCAUCAUUGUGUUUGGCGAGUCUCUCCUGAAUGAUGCUGUCACCGUGGUGCUGUACAAGGUCUUCAACUCUUUUGUGGAGCUGGGCCCAGCGCACAUCCAUGCCACAGACUACAUGAAGGGGGUAGCCUCCUUCUUCCUGGUGAGCCUGGGGGGCACAGCCGUGGGGCUGCUCUUCGCCUUCCUGCUGGCCCUGAUCACGCGGUUCACCAAGCGCGUGCGCAUCAUCGAGCCGCUCUUCGUCUUCCUCCUGGCCUACGUCGCGUACCUCGCUGCUGAGAUGGUCUCGCUCUCCGCCAUCCUGGCGGCCAUGCCAGCUCCUUCUGCCCCUCUGCAGAGUCACCUUCUGCGGGAUCUGCUGCAAGAAGUACGUGGAAGCCAACAUCUCCCAGAAAUCCCGCACCACAGUCAAGUACACCAUGAAGACACUGGCCAGCAGCUCAGAGACCAUCAUCUUCAUGUUUCUGGGCAUCUCUGCUGUGGACACCUCCAAGUGGACAUGGGACACAGCACUGGUGCUGGGCACCCUGUUCUUUAUUCUGCUCUUCAGAGCUGUGGGUCAGUCUGUCCUGCUGAGUAUGUGGCUGGUAGCACACAGCCCUUUUCAUGCCAAAAAAGGGAUAUUGCCCAGGAAAGGUUGGGGCACAAGGCCAGCCAUGGAUCCUGGCUGGGAUUUUGUGCUGUCUCCUGGAGCAGGCAGGGUUCUCCCAGCAUUCCAGGUUCUCCUUCUCCUUCUUCCCCAGGUGUUGUUCUCCAGACAUUCGUGCUCAACCGCUUCCGCCUCAUCCCCCUGGACAGGAUUGACCAGGUGGUCAUGUCAUAUGGUGGCCUCCGUGGGGCCGUGGCCUUCGCCCUGGUCAUCCUGCUGGACAGGGAAAAGGUGAAAGCCAAGGAUUACUUUGUGGCAACGACCAUCGUGGUGGUGUUCUUCACUGUCAUUGUGCAGGGCCUCACCAUCAAACCCCUGGUGACAUGGCUGAAGGUGAAGCGCAGUGACCACCACAAACCAACACUCAACGAGGAGCUGCAUGAGCAUGCCUUUGACCACAUCCUGGCAGCGGUGGAGGACAUCGUGGGGCACCAUGGCUACCACUACUGGCGGGACAAGUGGGAGCAGUUUGAUAAGAAAUACCUGAGCCAGCUCCUGAUGCGGAAAUCUGCCUACAGGCUGCGGGAUGAGAUCUGGGAUGUUUAUUACAAGCUGAACAUCCGUGAUGCCAUCAGCUUUGUCGAUCAGGGUGGCCACGUGCUCUCGGCCGCCAAGCUGGCACUGCCCUCCAUGCCCAGCCGCACGUCCAUGUCAGAGUCAUCAGUCACAAACCUCCUGAGGGAGAGCGGGAGCGGCGCGUGCCUGGACCUGCAGGUGAUCGACACGGUGCGGAGCCGCCGGGACAAGGAGGACGCAGCCAUGCACCACGUGCUGCGAGGGAGCCUCUACAAGCCCCGCCGGCGGUACAAGGCCAGCUACAGCCGUCACUUCAUCUCUCCAGAUAAACAAGAGCGCCAAGAUAAGGAAAUCUUCCGGCAGAACAUGAAGAGGCGUCUGGAGACCUUCAAGUCCACAAAGCACAAUGUCUGCUCCUCCAAGAGCAAGGCCAGGCUGAAGGAAAAAGGCAGGAAAAAGAAGAACAUCUCUCUGACCAAAGAGGCACCCAAUGGGAAGACGCACAGAAAUGUGCCCUGGCAGGAUGCAGCUCCUGUCCUGGUGAUGGUCAGCUCAGAGGAGGAGGAGAGCGAUAGCUCGGAGACGGAGAAAGAGGACGAUGAGGGGAUUGUGUUCGUUGCUCGAGCCACUGAUGAGGUCCUGCAGGGAAAGACAACUCCUGGCAGCCUCGAUGUCUGCCCCAGCCCCUGCAUCAUCCCUCCAUCGCCAACCUUGGCAGAGAAGGAGCUGCCAUGGAAAGGAGACCAGGCUGAUCUGGCUGUUUAUGUCUCCUCGGAGACCACCAAAAUUGUGCCAGUGGAUAUGCAGAAGGCAUGGAACCAAAGCAUCUCCUCCCUGGAGAGCAUCGCUUCCCCACCAGGCAUCGAGAGCGGACCCCAGCACAGGAGAUUUGCCUGCCCUGUGCUGGAGGAGCAACCCCAGUCUGCAAGCCAGGUGAUGCCAGAGCAGAGCUCCUGCUUCCAGUUCCCCAGCCACAUCUCCAAGAGCGGCCGCUCACAGAGUGACAGCAGCCCGGACGGUCCUGAGCAGCAGGAGCUGCAGCCUUUGAUGGCCACAGAGGAGCAGGGCAGGAUGGCACCCACUGCAGAGCCCAGGUGGCUGAUGUUCAACAGAGCAGGCCACCUCUGAGGCACCCUGUGGACUGGGAAGGGGCUGAGAGCUGCAGACAGGCUAUGACCUGCUGAGUGCUCUGUCUUGCAUUGCAAAGCUUGUGUGUGUCUCCAUAAACUCCAGGAGUGGCAGGAGAACCCAGAACUGCUCCUGGAGCUGUACUCCAGGGUGUGCUUUGCCCAUGCACCUACUGAUGCAAACCUGGUCAAUAAUUGGUCUUUGUGCUGUGGCAGCAGGUACCAGCCCCUGUCCACCCAGGGAGGCACAGAUCCCAACCUCAUUCUUCCUCUCUGGUCCCUACACAUCUCUGCAGCUGGGAGGUUAGAGAUAUUCCUCCCAGGGCUGGGAUCCCAAACAGACUUGAUCCUGUCAUGGCUGUGCUGCCCUGAGGUGGUGGCUGCUGGCAGAUGGGCUGUGGCUGCUCACAGGUGUGAGAGUAUGAGCUGAUCUCCAGCCUGACUGUGAGUUGGACACCUCUGGGAAAAGGCUGAGAGCAGUGCUGGUGCCAAGAGCCACCCACACCCAGUGACUGAGCCAUUGACUUCAAGGUGGCCACAAUGCUGGUUCCUCACAGCAUGCACGGAUCUUAGCCAGGAGCUCAGAGAUAGGCUCCUUGCCAUGACAGCCCUGUGUUCCCCAGGUUUUGGAGGCACCACAGAGGCAAGGCCAUGACUUUCUCAGGACUGGGAGCAGUGCUCCUGGGGUUUGGCUCCACCAGGAGCUGGGCUAGUGAACGCACAGGGACUCCUCUAACAGCCAACCUGCUGUGCCAGCCUCAUGCCUGUUGCCUAGAUGUGUUCCCAACAGCUGCAGUGUUCAGCUUUCUGCCUUUACUGGGAGGCAGCUGCCCUGCACAGCAUCCUUGGUGAUCAUUCUGCUGAUGUCCCAGUCCCUCCAAUUGCCUGGGGUGCAUCAGCUGGGAGGACUGGUCAUGGUGCAAGGAGUGGAGCAAGCAGCAGGUAUGAAUGUACAUCAGGAACAGGGGUGAUGGGGGGUGUGAGCAGCAUGCAUCUUCAAAGGUCUGUCCCCAAGAUUUGCAUCCCAGCCACUCCUGUUCCCUCCUCUGAGGGUGGUGGGAGCUGGUGGCCCACACGGUGAACUAUUUCUGGUGUGACCCCAAGGGCCAAGAAUUGCUCCCCAAGAACUGCUCAGCACACAAAAGAGCACAAUGGCUGGGCACUGGCAGAGCAGGAGAGUUGCUUCUGUUGGGUUGGGGGUUGCUUCUGUUUGAGGAAAAUGGGAACUUGGAUGCUAAUGCUCCAAAGCAGAUAAAUUCCUGCCUUUUCCAGCUCUAUGUGUGUGCUGAGAUAGCAGGUGCCAAGGGGACACUCGGAUGCAGUGGUGAGCAGUGGGACCCCCAGCCCUGUCAGCAGGGCUCAGCAGUGGCCCUUCAGCUCUGCACCUGUUCCACCAGAUGAGCAUGAGGUUUUUAAAAGGUUUUUAUAUAGUUUUGCAUUUCUGGUAUGAAUUAUUCUAGUUUUGAUUUCUGAUAUUGGGCCAUACUAAAUCUCUAGUUGGGUCAGUGUUUUCUGUAGCCAUGGGCACCACAAAUGACUCAAGACUUAAUAUAUUAUUUGCAAGGAUAUUGUUAUAAUGUGAAAAUAUAUGCAGAGUAUUUUGUAAUGUUCAAUAAACUGGAAUUGGAGCA